AUGCAGCUCAUUAUUGAGGAACUCGCCGACGCCAGCCUCACAGUGAAGCUGCGGCAAGGCCCUAUGGGCUUCUGGGAUGCCACCUCGCUUGCUGUUGCACCUUCACCUCCCGAUGAUGAGGCAUUCUUGGCGUGCGCGUCGAAUUCCGCGCGCCUCGACAACGUCAUUGAGACGAUGCUCGAGGUCAUCUCUUCCGUCUAUGGGCUCUUUGCUCUUGAGAUGAGUGUCGAUCCGAAGAAGGGUGAGGCUUUCUUGAAGUACCGAGGCGGUGGUUGCACGGCUGCUCGCGCCGCACGCCCAAUUGGAUCUCGCGGCGAGAUGCUGCUGCGCAUCCCCGGAGCCGACCCGCCGACCUUCGUGCGUGUCGUGAACCAGUACAAGCAUCUUGACAGUGUUGUCACCGACGUGGGCAAUCUCCUCGUCGAUGCAAAACACAGGAAGUCCGACGCCAUGCAGGCUUAUACCCCUGUGUGCAGUAAGAUCCUCGGCUCGUCGGCGGUGCCCGUGCCGCUGAAGAUAUAG